GAACUCUCUCUCUCUCUCUCUACCCUGCUGUUUCGACACACACUCUCUCUCUCCUCGUUGUUGCUUGCUUCCAUUCAGGUGUAUCUCUCUCUUCUCCCUCAAUAAACCCAAACCCAUAACCUAAACCCGAUUUAAAUCCCCCAAAACUAAAAGAUUCACCAAAAACCCUCAUCUCCAGAAGAUCUAGCUUCAACUCACCAUGAAUGAUCUCUUAUCUGAUUCAUUUGAGAACCAUCGGGGUCAAGAUUAUGGCGGUGGAGAUCUUGAAAUGGGAACACAACAAAACGUGAAUUCUGGAGAUUCAGGCUUGGAUAAUUUUUUCAAGAAGGUUCAAGACAUCGAGAAACAAUAUGAGAAGCUGAAUAAACUAUUAAAAAAACUACAGGAUGCUCAUGAGGAAUCGAGGGCUGUAACCAAGGCUGCUGCUAUGAAAGCAAUCAAGCAGCGCAUGGAGAAAGAUGUGGAUGAAGUUGGAAAGAUUGCUCGGUUUAUUAAAUCAAAAAUUGAGGACCUUGACAAGGAGAACUUGGCCAACAGACAGAAGCCUGGAUGUGGAAAAGGGACGGGAGUAGACCGAUCAAGAACAGCAACUACACUUUCCUUGAAGAAGAAGUUUAAGGACAAGAUGUCUGAAUUUCAGGCGCUAAGAGAAAGUAUCCAUCAAGAGCAUCGUGAGGUGGUCGAGAGGCGUGUCUACACAGUGACAGGAACCAGGGCCGACGAAGAGACAAUUGAUCGACUGAUAGAGACAGGGGAUAGCGAACAGAUUUUUCAGAAAGCAAUUCGGGAACAAGGGCGAGGACAGGUACUUGACACCCUUGCAGAGAUCCAAGAACGCCAUGAUGCAGUAAGAGAAGUAGAAAGGAAGCUUCUUGAGUUGCAACAGAUAUUUAUGGAUAUGGCUGUAUUGGUGGAUGCUCAAGGAGAAAUGCUAGACAAUAUAGAGACACAGGUGUCGAGUGCAGUAGACCAUGUGCAGGAUGGGAACAAGGCCCUUUACAAGGCGAAGAGUCUACAAAAGAACUCACGGAAGUGGAUGUGCAUCGCCAUCAUAAUUUUACUCAUAAUUAUAGCAGUCGUCGUUGUUGGUGUGCUCAAGCCAUGGAAAAGCGGCAAGGGUGCUUAGCGUCUUUUCACUCGUGGUGAACGUAAACAUCCCAUCGGAAUCAGACUUCCUAAAUAUUACUUCGGGGUUAAGGUUGAAGUAAUAUUCGUAUUAUAUGCCAAAGACUAUGUUGUUUCCUUUUGAGUGUGAGGUUUUAUUGGGGAGUACAAAUUUGUGCUCUAUUGCCAAACAUUAUUAUAUCCUUUAUUCUUGUGUAAAUUGAGAGCAUUUAUUCCAUUCUUCACUUUCU